AUGGCUUCCCCUAACAGCUCUCUACUUCAAGAUCCUUUCUCCAUUUCCUCUCUGACUCUACUCCUCUUUCUCGUUUCCCUUCCGCCACCCGUCCUCUCACAAAACCCUACCAUUGCUCAAUGCACCACGCAGCUUCUUCCACUGGCCCCAUGUGUGCCAUUCGUGCAAGGCAUUGCCAUGUCGCCCGCACAAUCAUGCUGUGACAACCUCAAGCUGCUCUACAGCCAGCAGCCAGAGUGCCUUUGCCUUUUCCUCAACGAUACUACUGUGAGCACAUUCCCUAUCAACACCACUCGUGCUCUCCAGCUUCCUGUUGUUUGUAGCCUUCAAGUCAACAUCUCUACUUGUUCGGGCGCAGGGAUACCUGUACCUGUGCCUCCUAGUUCACCUAGUUCUCAAAAUCCCCCUCUGGGAAAAAACACCAACUCAUCUGCUGCUAAUUCUACAAUUGCUGCCACUCCAAUGCCUCAAACUGCACAAAUACCCACCACGAUGGGGUUAGGUUUUAGCAGAACUGCAAAUGCUGGGACCAAAUUGAAGAUGGGAAGUUAUCUUGCAGUGGCUUUCGCUGUGGCAGGUUUUCCGGUGGCAGGAGUUCCAUUUUGA